CUCGGCUGCCAACAUGCUCACUGUGUUGUGCCAGUUGGCGCUGCUGACAAGGAAUAAAGCAGUGCCCACUCCACUGGACCCCAAACUGCACUGCCUCCUCCUAAUGCUCUGCCUUUGUGUCACAGCCUGGCCAUAUGACUCCAAAGCGCCGGAAGGUGACAACUGCCCGAGCUCUGAGUGGAGCGUCAUGUGUCGGCCUUGCUGUGAGUACCACCUGAUCCAGUGCAGGUGUCCCGCCCAGGGGUCCCGGGUGGGCUAUACUGUUCCCUGCUGCCGCAACGCUCUGGAUCAGUGUGACCCCUGUAUCAUCCACCCAGGCUGCAGUCUCUUUGAAAACUGCAAAACGUGCCACAAUGGAACUUGGCAGGCCAAUGAUGACUUCUUUGUCAACGGGAGAUUUUGUACAGAAUGUCGCCAAGGCUGGAGUGGAGGCGACUGUCGAACGUGUGGAGGAGUCCUCCAGCGGGCCCAGGGUCACGUGGCACUCGACAGCUACCCGACUAACGCCCGGUGUGAGUGGAGACUGGAGGUGCCGCGAGGCCACAGCAUCGAGCUCCGGUUUUCGAAGCUCAGCUUAGAGCCCGUCCACAACUGUCGCUACGACUACGUGGAGCUGCGUGACGGCGACAGUCUGAGCUCCCCUGUGAUUGGCCGCUUCUGUGGCGACCAGCUGCCUCCUCCAGCGAGAAGCUCCGGGAAUGUCCUGCACGUCUUGUUCGCCUCCGACGGCUACAACAACUUCGACGGCUUCGUUUUCACUUUUCAGCAGAGCUCAGUGUGCAGCCCCUCGCCCUGUUUGCACCAGGGCACCUGCAUCCCCGAUCCACGUCAUUCGUUCCGCUGUGUGUGUGCAGACGGCUACGCAGGGCAGCGGUGUGAAAAAAAACGGUCAGUUACACAUUUUCACACAGAUACACACUCUUUCAUUGCCAUCUCUGAUGCUACUCCCCCAUUAGAUCAUCCAGUCCUCCUAAUCCAGUGGCUCUCAGAUGAGGUUGCUAUUGUCGGGAGUCAAACCUGUGAGUCCCCGGAGAAGCCGGUGAACGGGGACGUCCUGACGGUAAACGGGCCGCGGGGGGAGCUCGUAUCGGUGCGUUACCGGUGCCACCCGCCCUUCACCCUGACGGGCAGCCAGCAGAGGAGCUGUCUGCCCAAUGGCACUUGGAGUGGCACAGCGCCCGCUUGUGUUAAAGUGAGUAACACUUCCAAAGUAAGUAGAGUGCGGUGUUCCCGUCCACCUAAAGUGCUCCACGGCUACCACAAACCUGCUGCUGGCGCCGUCGGCGACGCUGAGACGAUUGAGUUCUUCUGUAAAAGCUCCUACAUUUUGAGUGGAAACACUCAGAGCACCUGCCUGCCCAACGGAUCCUGGAGUAGCAGGCCGCCCAAGUGUGUGAGAGCCUGUCGAGAGCCCAAAGUGUCUGAGCUCGUGAGGCACACGGUCGUGAAGCCGCCCCUCACAUCAAGGGAGAGCCUGGAGGGAAGACUCCACCUCUCGUCCAGGUAUAAGGCGUACGAUUUGUUGGUGCCUGGCUUGAUCCCACACACACCGGACAGGCAGCCGGAAAGUGGCACCGCGGCCUCAGAGGAGCUGCCUCGUGGUUUUCACCGACUCUACACAAGCAUCGAAUACAGGUGUGCCUCCCCGCUGUACCAGCACAGCGGCAGCUCCCGGCGCACUUGUCUGAAGAGCGGCAGGUGGAGCGGCCGUCAUGUCUCCUGUUCACCAGUGUGUGGCAAAUUUGCCACUUUCAGCACACACAAUCUCACAGACACCCAGUGGCCAUGGCAUGUGGCCAUUUAUAUCCGCUCACCCUCCAACAGCCGGAGGGACCGUGUCUUGAGCAUGUCUGACCAGCAGGGGGCCUCAGAGGAGUCUGGAUUCUGGUACCUGGCCUGCAGCGGGGCUUUAGUCACACAGCGCAGCGUCCUGCUCCCAGCUCAGUGUGUGGCGGAGAGGGACAAGCAGCAGCCGCUCAAUCCAGAACAUGUGAAAGUGGUGCUGGGCAUACAGCAGCAGACGGCCCAGGCUCAGACCAAAAGCCUGCAACACCUCAGGGUUUCAAAUAUUUUAGUGCAUCCGAAUUUUUACUCCAGGAUGGACUCUGAUCUGGCUCUGCUCAAGCUGACGGACAAGGCCAAGAUCAGCGAGCGUGUGCUGCCAGUGUGUCUACCCAGAAUGCAAGGUGGAGAGGUGACGGCACGAGAGGCCUACACGGCAAGGUGGACUCCAACACGUGACCAGCAGCGCCCGAGUCGCUACGGCCUCUCAGGCAUGACUGAACUUGUUGAGUUGGCUGAUGUUUCUCAUUGUGAAAGAGAAUUCGCUCAAAGAGGAACACCUACAGCCAUCACCGACAAUGUGCUGUGUGUCGUUAUAAAACCAUCCAGUCCUGACGGCGCCUGUCCCGGAGAUAUCCCAGGCAUCACAGCCAUACCAUCUGUGGCCUCCUCCACAAACACUUUUGGGUCGAGUCCCACAGAGGCACAGGAAGCUUCCGGCACUGUCUGGCAGUUGCACGGUUUAGAGAGUUUUAACCACGAGGACAGGAACUGCCAUCGAGAUACUUACACAGGUCAGACACGAAUAAUCAACUUCCGAAACUGGAUCGACGAAAACAUGAAGUAGAUGUCUUUAUUAAAAUGUCAUGUAAACAGGAUUUUUCAGCUACUUUCAUCUCAAAUGUUUGUUUAUUUUUAGGUGCACUAAAUUUGCAUUGUCAAGUUUUGAUUG